GGAAAAGGGGGGAAAAAGAGGAGGAGAAAAGAGGCGGUUCCUUGGCCUUACUCAGCGGCCAUUUGCCUCCGCCCCUCGUAGCAAGCUGGGAGUUGUUCCCUUCGUAGCCAAUGCCUCUGGUCGGGUCGGGAAGAAGAGCAGCUGGGAGAGAACGAGAAAGGCUGUUACGUGGUUUUGUGCGUGUGUGUCGGGGAGUGGAGUAAUGAUGCUGAGUUUCUUUCGACGAACACUUGGACGCAGGUCUAUGCGCAAACAUGCUGAGAAGGAACGGUUAAGAGAGGCCCAAAGAGCUGCGACUCACAUCCCUGCAGCUGGAGAUGAGAAAUCCAUAAUUACAUGUCGAGUCUCUUUGCUGGAUGGGACUGAUGUCAGUGUGGACUUACCGAAAAAAGCCAAAGGACAGCAUCUGUUCGAGCAGAUCAUGUACCAUCUGGACCUCAUUGAAAGUGACUAUUUUGGAUUACGAUUCAUGGAUUCAGCACAAGUGGCACACUGGUUGGACAACACAAAGAGUAUUAAAAAACAAGUUAAAAUUGGUCCACCAUACUGUCUGCAUCUUCGUGUAAAGUUUUACUCUUCUGAACCAAACAAUCUACGUGAAGAGCUCACAAGGUAUUUGUUUGUUCUUCAGCUAAAACAGGACAUUUUGAGUGGCAAGUUGGAAUGUCUGUUUGAAAUAGCUGUGCAGUUGUCAGCUUAUAUGUUACAAGCUGAACUUGGUGACUAUGACCCAGCUGAACACUUCCCUGAAAUAGUUUCGGAGUUCAGAUUUGUGCCCAAUCAAACUGAAGAGAUGGAACUAGCCAUUUUUGAGAAGUGGAAGGAAUACAGAGGGCAAACACCAGCUCAGGCAGAAACAAAUUAUUUGAACAAAGCAAAAUGGCUGGAAAUGUAUGGAGUAGACAUGCAUAUAGUCAAGGCAAGAGACGGUAAUGAUUAUAGCCUCGGACUAACACCCACAGGAGUUCUUGUGUUUGAAGGAGAUACAAAGAUUGGAUUGUUCUUUUGGCCAAAGAUCACCAGGUUGGACUUCAGAAAGAAUAAAUUAACACUAGUGGUGGUUGAAGAUGAUGAACAGGGCAAGGAGCAGGAGCACACUUUUGUCUUUAGGUUGGAUCACCCAAAGGCCUGCAAACACUUGUGGAAGUGUGCAGUCGAGCAUCAUGCCUUCUUCCGCCUUCGCGGGCCUGUCCAAAAAGGUUCCAGUCGAUCAGGCUUCAUUCGGUUGGGGUCACGGUUCAGAUACAGUGGGAAAACAGAGUAUCAGACAACAAAGACCAACAAAGCCAGAAGAUCGGCAUCUUUUGAAAGAAGGCCUAGCAAACGAUACUCAAGGAGAACACUACAAAUGAAAGGAAGCACUGCAAAGUCUGAAGAAACUAGGGUUCCAAAUGUUUUCAGCCAAAAUAAUGGAUCACAGCAAAAUUGGAAUACAAUGCCAGCCCUGCCCUCUGUAACAACAGUUCCUUCUGGCCCAGUCUUAGUCGAAAUAGAAAAUCUCCCAAGGAGUCCUGGGACUAUCCAGCAAGACAAGAAAUGUAUGCCUCUGAUUGUUGAUUUACUGGAUGACAAGGAAUUGUUGAAAACUUGUAUUGACAAUGCUGCUGGUUUUCCUCCUGCUGGAGGGUCAGCUGGAGCUCUGGAAGAAACAGACCUUAGUUUCUCUCCUCAUGGCACCAAGGACCAACCCUCUGAGAAUGCAGCUUUUGUUGAUGCAUCAUUGAAACUGAAACGUCUGGAAGCAGAACUCAACCCAUUGCUGGUUUCCCAAUCCAACAUUAACACCAACAAACAGGAGGAAAUGGUGAAGCUGACAGAGAAAUGUCUCAACAAUGCCAUUGAGAGUCCAGUGAGUGCCUCUGUGCGGCUGCCUCCAGACAUCAAGAGCAAUAUUUUGAAGGCCCAGGCAGAGGCAGUGAACAAGGUCAUGAGGGAGGAUAAUGUGUCUGGCAACAAGAACACUAACAUUCAAGAUGCUGCUGCCAGGAACAUUCUUCUGUCAGGAAAAGUUCAGAACAGCCCUCUGCGAACCCACAACCCCAUGUUCCAGGAAUCAAGAGAGGGCCUGAAAAUGAUGUCUGUCUCAAAUCCCUUCAUUCUGAAUGAAUUAAAUGAGGAUAAUGCUGCCUCUACCCCUGAAGAUUCUUUGAGUCUCCCUAAUCUGGCUCCUACAGAGGAAGCUGCUAUUAUAAAGAACUCUCCAGAGGACUUGGAGAUUUUAUUAGCAUCACAGGCAGAGAAUCUAAUUGACUUUACAGAAGGCAUGCCUCGGGUGUCUUCACCACCAACAGUUUUGCCCAGGUGGUUAGUACCAAGCGGACUGGUUUCCAGUGGGCCUUUAGGGAAUAUUGCCCUAGCACUUAAAGCAGUGAAAGGCAGCGCUGCGGUACCAACAGUCUCUGCUGGCUCCCCACCUCAACUUUACUCACCUGAAAUCAUGGCCAGUCCCAUUACAGAAGAUGUGACAAGAAGGCCGAAAUGUUUACUUACUACUGAACUCUGAGCUUUGACAAGUCUCAUCUUCUUAGCAUCUUCAGUGGGCCCCUGGAAAGAACUUAACCUGGAAUUGACUCAUGCUCAGACCGUGGUUAAAACAAAAUGCCUGGCUGUUUUACUGUGGAUCCUUUCAACUGGAAAUUUAAUAUGACUAUAAUAUUAAGAGCUGCUGGGAAGCCUGAGCACCUUUUGUGAAGUACACUGGAACAAGUUAUGACAAGUAAUGAAAUCUUUGAGGCUUCCAUCCAUAGUAGUGCUUUUGUUUAUAGAACUCCUUCUGCUUUAGAGGUGUAAAUAAAGCAGUGACUGUGAUGAACCAGCUAGUUUUAUCUGGCUCAGGAUAUUGUAACACAGUAAUGAGGAGAAUUAGAACUUCUAAGGCCAUCUGCUGGUUGUUGUAUAAAAGCAAAUGGUGGUAAUGUUUUUAUAGAGUGAGCCCUCCAUUCUUUUCUAUGUGACCAUCUCCUUUGAUCCUCUUUUGUACUGAUAUAUAAAAUGUUCUUGGCCUUAAUCCACUUUCUAGACUUUGCACUUUUGCUCACAUUGUAUGGAAGGAGCUGAAAAUGCAGCACCUUGAUAAAUUGCCCACUACCAAAUAUUUUAAAGCUACGGUAGCAUGUGAGUGGAGCAGUCCCACAUCACAUUUUGUCCCAUUAUCUAUAAAAUGCUCUAAAAUACUACUAGGUAGGCUACAAACAUGCCUUCGGCUGCAGAAGAACUGAAGAUGGGUUCCUUUGGGCUUUUCAUGGGCUGCUAUUUGAAAAGUUCCUUGCAAGGAAAGGAAUCUGAAAAUUGGUUUAAGAUACGUUCUCUGAACUUGUCAGUAGCUGAUUUCUUUAAUAUAAGUGCAAGUGCACACUAAUUAGAAUUACUGUCUUUUUUCUGUGUUACACUUUAUUUUUUCUUCAGGCGAGUUCAGUGAUGUUACAAUUGCCAGGUUUUACUUCUUGAUUUUCUAGACCUGUUCAAACACAUUCCAACAGUUCACCUACCUUCAUUAAAUUAGGCCAAUGACCUGACAUUUAAGGAAAGGGCCUCUCCCUCUGAACAUUAGAGUGCUAAUAGUUUUAGACCAUUGGGGAAACAUUUUUCUACCACAAACUCAGGAAGUAUGCUGUUUGUUUGUUUAACUCAGGCCUAGCAUUUUUUGUUUGUAAUCUGGUAUCCCCUUUAAGAGAGAACAAUAAAUCUGAGUAUGUGCAAUUAGAGCACAAUGGUAUGGCUCAAGUUCAAAAACUAACUAAAUUCUUCUGCCAGUUUGAAAGAAGACAGGAAGGCAUAAGGUGUAUUCAACUUGAUUGCCCCAAAAUGACUUUUUGCUACUCACCUGGGAGGGCAGAUUGAAAGGAUAUAACUGGUUCUGAAGCAAGUUCUCUUGAAACAUAAAUUAUUAAGUAUAAUAUCAGUUUCAAGAAACGAUUUAUGAUGAUUAAGGGUUCAUUUCCUUAAAAUAAGUGUUUAGAUAAGUGAGCAAGCAAAAAAACCAGUUGGAAGAAAUCUGUGUGCUAAGAGACAAUGAAUUCCAUAGAUAAACUCUGGAAGGGAAAGUGUAUGAAAUGUGUAAGAACUGUCUUUAUAGUGCAAGCGAAGUUUAAUUUUGGUGAUGUAAGAUUAAAAGAAACCGUUGUUUUUGCAGUGUCGUUUUGGCAGAGGCGGGGGAACUAAUGAAUCAACUUGGUGUGUGAACACUUUGAUUGCCCUUACCUUUCCCCACUUCUUACAUGGUGAUUGCUGCAUCUGAAUUAAGAACAGCUGCUAUGCUUUUAUCUGUAGCGUUGUGAGGAGUAUGUUUUCUUUAUAAAAUAGCCUCUGCAGUGGGAAUGAAGGUAGGGCUGAGUACUUCAUCUUUACCAAUAGCUGAAUUUCUUACCUGCAAGAUGCAUUGGAUUCAUUUUUGCCUUUGAUAAAUUCCUCAUUACCAUCAGCAAAUUUAAAAAAGCUACCUAAAUUGUUUCAACCUUUUCCAGUGCGAAUUAUGGAGGUAAAUUCCAAAUUACUUCAUGAAUCCUAUCAGCAUUUUCAAGAUAAUGGUAUAUUUUAGAUGCUAUAGCAAUGACAUUAUCUUAAUUAUUGUGAGUUUCCUUUUUAACAUUCCCCAGAUCAUAGGGGGAGAUGGCUGGGGGUGGGGCGGUAUGGAAUGAUAAUUUGUCUGUUACCCAGAAUGUUAGUUUCACUUCCUUGAGUUUCCUAGGCUGCAAGUCUAGCUAGUUUGUAGUAUGUUGCGUGUUGGCUGUUUUAGGAACUGUGACUUUAAAAAAAAAACCUUAUGUUACUCUAUUUGCCUGUGUGAUUUUAAGUCCUAUGCUAUGCAAGCCAAAAAAAGGAAAUAUGGACAGAUGAUCAGUUAUAAGAAAUGUCUGCUCUCAGUUGUGCUGUUCUGAAAUUCUGAAUCACUAGAAAGUAUGCUUAGAUGAAAAAUAGGCAGUCUCUUAUCUAGAAAUAAACAAAUGCUUAUUCCUGUUCAUAGUAGGAAAUCAGGUGUGGAAUAUAACCCUUGUUAUUGCCACAUAGGUCAUCAUGAGAUGAUACAAGUAUUCUACAAUUAAAUUGCACAAAAGGAGAAGUUCAAGUGAUCAGGCUUAUUGUUACAUGCUUCAUGCAACCAAAGUAUUAUAUGAAAGAUGGUUGUCACAGAUGAAACUUCAUAGAAUAGUAGAGUUGGAAGGGGCCUAUAAAGCCAUCAAGUCCAACCCCCUGCUCAAUUCAGGAAUCCAAAUCAAAGCACUCCUGUCAGAUGGCUGGCCAGCUGCCUCUUGAAGGCCUCCAGUGUCGGAGAUCUCACUACCUGUCUAGGUAAUUGAUUCCAUUGUCGUAUGGCUCUAACAGUUAGGAAUUUUUUCCUGAUGUUCAGUUGAAAUCUGGCUUCCUGCAACUUGAGCCCAUUAUUCUGUGCCCUGCACUCUGGGACGAUCAAGAAGAGAUCCCAGCCCUCCUCUAUGUGACAACCUUUCAUAUACUUGAAGAGUGCUAUCAUCUCUCUCCUCAUUCUUCUCUUCUCCAGGCUAAACAUGCCCAGUUCUUUCAGUCUCUCCUCAUAGGGCUUUGUUUCCAGUCCCCUGAUCAUCCUUGUUGCCCUCCUCUGAACCCGUUCCAGUUUGUCUGCAUCCUUCUUGAAGUGCGGAGACCAGAACUGGACGCAGUAUUCAAGAUGAGGCCUAACCAGUGCUGAAUAGAGGGGAACUAAUACUUCACGCGAUUUGGAAACUAUACUUCUGUUAAUGCAGCCAAAACUAGCAUUUGCCUUUUUAGCAGCCACAUCACACUGUUGGCUCAUUUUCAGCUCGUGAUCAAUGACAAUUCCAAGAUCCUUCUCACAUGUUGUAUUGCUGAGCCAAGUAUUCCCCAUCUUAUAAACAAGCAUUUGGUUUCUUUUUCCUAAGUGUACAACUUUGCAUUUAUCCCUGUUGAAUUUCAUUCUGUUGUUUUCAGCCCAAUGCUCCAGCCUAUCAUGGUCCCUUUGAAUUUUGUUUCUGUCUUCCAUAGUAUUAGCUAUGCCCCCCAAUUUUGUAUCAUCUGCAAAUUUGAUAAGCAUGCUCUGUACCUCCUCAUCCAAGUAGUUAAUAAAAAUGUUGCAGAACACUGGGCCUAGGACUGAGCCCUGUGGUACCCCACUUGUUACAUCCGCCCAGUUUGAGAAGGAACCAUUGAUAAGCACUCUUUGAGUAUGAUUCUGGAGCCAACUGUGGAUCCACCUGAUAGAUGUUUGAUCCAGCCCAUAUUUAGCUAGCUUGCUAAUGAAAGUAUCAUGGGGCACUUUGUCAAAAGCUUUGCUGAAGUCGAGAUAUAUUAUGUCCACAGCAUUCCCACAAUCUACAAGGGAGGUUACACGAUCAAAAAACGAGAAAAGAUUAGUUUGGCAGGACUUGUUCUUCAUAAAUCCAUGUUGGCUCCUAGUAAUCACUGCAUUGUCUUCAAGGUACUUACAGAUUGAAUGCUUUAUAAUCUGCUCCAGAGUUUUUCCAGGGAUUGAUGUAAGGCUGACUGGUCUGUAGUUCCCCGGUUCCUCCUUUUUGAAGAUAGGGACAACAUUAGCUCUCCUCCAGUCAUCUGGCACUUCACCAGUCCUCCAUGAUUAUGCAAAGAUAAUGGACAGCGGUUCUGAGAGUUCUCUAGCCAGUUCCUUCAAUACUCUAGGAUGCAGUUUAUCGGGCCCUGCUGAUUUGAACUCGUUCAAAGUGGUUAGGUAUUCCUUGACUGUUUGUCUAUCAAUCUCAGGGUCCAAUCCUGCCCCUUCUGCUUCAUGUUUCCCGGGAGGGUCGCAGACCCUUUUUUGGGAGAAGACUGAGUCAAAGUAGGAAUUGAGCACUUCUGCCUUUUCUUUGUCAUCUGUUAUCAUUCUGCCAUCCUCAUUUAGUAGCUGUGCCACUGUUUCUUUUCCCUGUCUUUUAAUAUGGACAUACCUGAAGAAAGCUUUUUUGUUGCUUUUAGCAUCCCUCGCUAACCUCAGCUCAUUCUCAGCUUUAGCCUUCCUGACACCAUCUCUGCAAUUCCGUGAUACCUGCCAAACUAUUAUGUGAAAGGUGGUUGUCACAGAUGAAAUUUAAAACCUUUCAGAAAUGCAGUACUUGUCAGUGGAGGUGAGAAGAAGAUUGAUCUACUGAUCAUUUGGUUAAAAGACACUGGCUUUAGGGGUUAAUUAAGAUUGAUGGUAUAUUUUGAAAAUUACAAUUAACUGAUGUUAGAAGGGUAUGUAGGUGGGAACCUGGUGCCUUUCAGAUGUUUUGGUACGACAGCUCCCAUAAUCCCCAACAAUUGACCAUUGCUGGCUUGGAGUGAUGGGAUGGAGUUGGAGUCCAACAACAAAUAUCUGAAAAGUUGCAUGUUCCCCAGCCCUGGCUUAAUGCAUGCAAAAUUGCAGUUUUGUUUACAGUAGCUGAUCUUUUAACUAGUUAAUUGGUUGACCCAGUUCAUAUACUUACCAAAUGACAAUAUUAUUUACAUGCUAAAGGAAUAAGUGCCAGUCUUCUCCUUCAGCUCACAAAUAUAGUAAUGUGUGAAGCAUGUUACAUAACUGAGAAUCAUGUUUCCAUGUAUAUAACACACAUCUUGUAUGUCACACUAGACACAUAGUAGCAAACACAAGAAGGCUCACUAACAGUAUGAAGACCCAGGCCUUGGGUUUCAAUGAUUAUUAAAACUGAUUUGAUCUCUGGUGUGAACACCGAACAUCCUCCUUCUAAAGCAAAGUUUUCAUUUGUUUUCUAAUUGUGAAAUCGAUGGAGUUGUGGGAAGGUAUGCUAUUCCACAUGCACCAAAGAAUGGAUUCUGCUGUUGCAGCCCCAGCAGAGUGUUCUGAUUAUCCAUUUAUCCUCUUACUUCCCUCAACUGGACAAACUUACUUUAAAGUAUGCAAGAGUCAUUAUUUUGAGUAUUUGUUUAAAAAACUACACCCACUAACUGCUGUAUUUUUAAUUCAUUUUUAAAUGAUAUAGAGCUUGACAGUAGCUCUAAAUAUAACUUAUUUGUAUUUUUAAGUAAUGUAUGUAUCGAGCAAAGUGUUCCAUGGCAACAGAUGUGCUAAAGUACCUGCACUGAACUGAACAUCUGUAUAUGGGAAUUGUGAUUUGUGGUCCACUUGGAAUCAGUCAUGAACUUUUAUUGUUCAGUUUAUUUCAAAAUAUAACACAUCUGUGGAAAAUAACUGCCUCUCCAACAAGAACAAUUAUGUUGCCAUUUUUCAUUCUUACUUGGGGCAAACAUUCUGCUUCACCCUUAUAUUU